AUGGGUUUCUGCAAGUUUUCCAUGUUCAGUUUUCUUUGUUUGGUUAUUGUUUUGUUUGGAGUCCAUGGAGAAGAAAAUGCUCAUGUUCUGCUUAUGAAUGACAGAGCAUCAUUGCUUUCUUUCAUGAAAGGUGUCGUUUCUGACCCGGGAGGGGUGUUUGAGAAUUGGAAAAACUCCUCGGAUUUUCAUAUCUGCAACUGGUCAGGUGUGAAGUGCAACAGUGCAAGUGAAAGAGUCACAGAGCUUAUUCUCAAUGCAACAUUUCUUAGAGGCACCAUUUCCCCUGCUUUAGCCAAUCUUUCUUCCUUGACGGUUCUUGAUUUGUCAGGAAACUUCUUUCAUGGUCACAUUCCAAAAGAGUUAGGCUCUCUCUCUCAUCUAAGACAACUUAGCUUAUCAUGGAACCUUCUUGAAGGGAAAAUUCCCUACGAGUUGGGAUUUCUGCAGAACAUUAUAUAUCUUGAUCUGGGAAGUAACCGGCUUGAUGGCGAAAUCCCGGAAUCAAUUUUCUGCAAUGGGUCUUUUUCCUUGGAGUAUAUAGACCUUUCUAACAAUUCUUUGAGCAGCCAAAUCCCCUUAAACAAUGAAUGUGUGCUUACAAAGUUGAGAUUUCUUUUACUUUGGUCAAACAAAAUUGUGGGAAGGGUUCCCCGAGCCCUUUCCAACUCAACUCAUCUUGAAUGGCUUGACUUGGCAUCCAAUAUGUUAAGCGGGGAGUUACCAUCAGAAAUUGUUGGUGAAAUGCCAAGAUUACAAAUACUUGCUUUGUCUUAUAAUGACUUUGUUAGCCAUGAUGGGAAUACCAACCUUGAACCUUUCUUUUCUUCCUUAGCAAAUUCAUCUGACCUUCAAGAACUCGAAUUGGCUGGAAACAAUCUUGGUGGAGAGCUUCCUUACAUUAUUGGUGAUCUUUCUACCAAUCUUGUGCAGCUUCAUCUAGAUGAGAAUCUUAUCUACGGCUCCAUUCCUCCUCACAUUUCCAACCUUGUCAAUCUUAACCUCUUGAACUUGUCUAGUAACUUGAUUAAUGGAUCAAUCCCUCAAAAACUAUGCAGGAUGGGAAUGCUAGAGAGGGUUUACUUGUCAAACAAUUCACUCUCUGGUGAGAUUCCUUCUGCUCUUGGUGACAUUCUACAUCUAGGUCUUCUAGAUUUGUCGCGAAAUAAUCUUUCAGGUUCGAUUCCGGAUAGUUUUGCAAACCUUCCCCAGCUAAGAAGGCUCUUGCUUUAUGGGAACCAGCUCUCAGGAACAAUUCCACCAAGUUUAGGCAAAUGUGUAAACUUAGAAAUUCUAGACCUUUCUCACAAUAAGAUUUCUGGGGUUAUUCCUAGUGAAGUUGCAGGGUUGAGGAGCUUGAAGCUGUACUUGAAUUUGUCUAGCAAUCACUUAUAUGGGCAUUUACCAUUGGAGCUAAGCAAAAUGGAUAUGGUGCUUGCAAUAGAUUUAUCCUCUAACAAUGUCUCUGGCACAAUCCCUCCACAGCUUAAAAGCUGCAUUGCACUGGAGAACCUCAACCUUUCACAUAAUUCCUUGGAAGGCACUCUUCCAUUUUCUGUAGGGCAGUUGCCUUAUCUUCGAGAGCUUGAUCUAUCUUCAAACCAAUUGAUUGGAGAGAUACCACAAUCUCUGCAGGUGUCUCCCACUUUGAAGCACCUGAACUUGUCUUUCAACAAAUUCUCUGGAAAUGUAUCUAACAAGGGGGCAUUUGCAUCAAUCACCAUGGACUCUUUUCUGGGAAAUUAUGGCCUCUGUGGCUCAAUAAAGGGCAUGCCAAAAUGCAGGAAAAGGCAUUCUCAUCACUUGCUUAUUCUGUCAAUCCUCUUGUCAUUAUUUGCAACUGCAACACCCAUUUUUUGCAUAUUUGGUUACCGUCUUGUACUCAGGUCAAAGAUUCGAAGGAGGCAAUUGGCAGUUUUCAAUGGAGGGGAGGAUUUGAAAGAUGAAGAACAAGAUCAAAGGAAAGAGCUCAAUUACCCAAGAGUCUCAUAUAGACAACUUCUUGAAGCCACCGGCGGUUUCAGUGCUUCAAGCCUCAUCGGUUCAGGGCAAUUUGGACAUGUUUAUAAGGGAGUUCUUCAAGAUAACACAAGAAUUGCAGUAAAGGUAUUGGAUGCGAAGUCGUCUGCCGGGGAAAUUUCCAGGAGCUUCAAGAGAGAAUGCCAAGUCCUAAAGAGGACAAGGCACAGGAAUUUGAUAAGGAUCAUCACAAUUUGCAGUAGGCCGGAGUUUAAGGCUCUUGUUCUUCCACUGAUGGCAAACGGGAGCCUGGAGAGGCAUCUGUAUCCAAGCCAUGGAUUGAGAAAUGGAUUGGAUUUGGUUCAGUUGGUGAGCAUCUGCAGUGAUGUUGCUGAAGGGGUGGCAUAUUUGCACCAUCAUUCUCCAGUGAAGGUUAUACACUGUGAUCUUAAACCAAGUAAUAUUCUUCUUGAUGAUGACAUGACAGCUUUGGUCACUGAUUUUGGAAUUUCAAGGCUUGUAAAAGGGAGUGAUAAUCAGAGUGUUUCUGCAAUGGAUACAAUGACCUUCAGCUCAAAAGAAGGCUUGUUAUGCGGGUCUGUCGGCUACAUAGCUCCUGAGUACGGGUUGGGUAAGCGUGCUUCCACUGAAGGAGAUGUGUAUAGCUUUGGAGUGCUUUUGUUAGAAAUUGUGACAGGAAGGCGGCCGACAGAUCUCCUUAUCCAUGAAGCUUCAAGCUUGCAUGAAUUGGUUAAGAGCCAUUACCCAUAUAAGCUGGAGCCCAUUGUUGAAGAAGCACUAGAUAGGUGCUCCCCAUCUGCCAUGCCAACGCAUUACAGCAAAAUAUGGAGAGAUGUUAUUCUGGAAAUGAUUGAGCUUGGCCUCAUGUGCACACAGUACAGUCCUUCAACUAGACCAAGCAUGCUGGAUGUAGCCCAUGAAAUGGGACGGUUGAAAGAGUAUCUCUCCAAUCCUCCCUCAGUACAACUGGUUGAAGAAGCAACUUCUAAAGUUAAAGCUUCUAACUAAUGAAUGCAGAGUAAUGCUAUUUAACAGACUGUUAUACGACUAUCAUAUAAUUAAGAUGACGUGCGUGACAGUGUAAAUCAGCUUUUGAAUUAACAAAGUCUUGUAAAAAAAAAAAAAAAAGUCAAAAGUUGACUUUUACUGACACGUGAUCACAGCC